ACCGUGAAACCAAACUAGACGAGAGCUGUACACGCGAUUUGAUUGAAAUAUCUUUAUAAACUCGUACGAUCUAAUAUGUACGUGCAGCUAGAGAUUGAAAGUAGCUGCAAAUAAUUGUAGACGUUAACCUACGUUACUCCGACCUGUCAAGCCUAAUUACAAACGAUGCUAAACACCUCAUUAACCUACACGAUACUAACCUGUCGAUCGAAACUUGCUACGAACUGACAGCUAAAUUCGUUGGAACAGCAUUUACGCGGUUCGAACUAUCGACGCUCGAUACAAAUUGCCGCCACGUAAAUCUACCAAGAAUACCGUAUUUGUAAAAUGGCGAGAAGAAAAGAGCAAACUCAGCUGCAGGUCGAAGUGGAAACCGAGGAUGAUUGGCAACAGCUGUUAAGUCGAAAGGGUUUGAUUCUCGCCGACGUUUACUCCGAAUGGUGCGGCCCAUGUAUCGCCAUGGUGAGCACCCUGCGAAGUGUAAAAUUAGAGAUAGGAGGUGACACGAUCAACUACGCGAUCGUGAAGAACGAUUACAUCGGCGAUCUCGAACGAUUUCGCGGCAGAAGCGAGCCAGUCUGGAUGUUUCUUCAAAACGGCAAGAUGGUGAACCUUGUGUUCGGUGCUAAUUGCCCACAGCUUAGAAAGCUGCUUGUAACGGAGAUCAAAAGGGUGCAGAACGAGGAGGAACCGGAAAUGGUGCUGGAUGUUAGCACUAGGACACCCGAGGAAGAGGUUAAAUGGCAAGAGAAGGAAGCCAUCAGAAAAGCGAUAGAGGAUCAACAACGUGCCAAGAAAGAAGCUGAGGAAAGAGAGAUGUACGAGACGUUCCUGGCACAGAUGAUAUUCGAAUUGAGCGAGGUCACCGCUCUGGUUUUCUAUCCGUGGGUUUUCAAGGAAGAGGGUCGACACAGGGACAAGUACCAGUGCCCUCCGUACCUCGAACUAAUCAACACGCUGUUCAGACAAAAUUUCGACGUGCUCGAGGAGCUUCGUGUGCAAUUGAACGAGGAAACGAUCGAGAAGAUGUUCGUCGAGAGUAACGUAGAGAUUACGAAAGAACUGGUAGCAGGAUUAAUGGACGGUAGAACGAUAGCGAUGAGAUUGAAAGGUAGACGUCCUCAUCCUGAUUGGCCUGUACCCUAUCCCUUCGAAUGUCCUAAAGGGACUAAAAGGUGUCCGACGCGAGCGAUCAACGAUGUCGAGGAUUAUCUGAUACAUUUGUUAACCAGCACGACUCCACUGAUACACCCUAACGCUGCUCCUUUCUCCUUAAAUGAGUCUUACAUGGAGAGGUACGUGUACGUUCAUGAACCCGAUCCCGAGGAUGAGGAGGAUUUUCCUCGCACCGAUCCCGCGGUUUGGGUGCCUCCUCAGGCCAGGAGCAAGGUACACGUGUACACGACCCUCUUCUCCAAUUACAUGGAACUAGUGCACCCUUACGAAGAGCCCGUACCACCGGCUCCCUUCUGCGCCGUCAAGUUUUACUAUUCAAAGUUCGCGGUCGUCCGUGAAACAUGCGCAUUGUACCCCGACGCGAUCGAAUAUUUUGGCGCGUUCGAGUUCGAUAAUCCACCGAUAGCCAGGCGAAUAGCGUCCAGCCCCGAAGAUUUCGAAAGAAAGGCAAAAUAUCAAACUGGUAACGAGAUAUUCGUGAUAAUCCUCCGGAGGAUCAGCGACGAUGCUUUUUUGUCAUUCGCGAGCAUCGAGCCGUAUUUCGUCACUGAAGACGAUGAAAAGGCGCAAGCGAUGAUAGACGAGUACUUCCCCGAGGGUGCUGAAGAUGUUAUUCUCGAGAUGUUCGAAGAAGAAGAGGAGGAAGAGGAGGAAGAGGAGGAGUAUUACGGAGAAGAGGCAAUCGAAGAUGAAAACGAGGAGAACAAAGAAGAAGAAUUUGCGAUCUACACUUUCUUAUGAAAUCGUAUUCUUCAACUUUCAUUCUAUUUUUAUUCCUCCACGAAUGACGUGAAACUUUGAUCGACAAACAAUGAAUUGUUCUAUUACGUGAUGAACUUUGAUAUGGAAUGAAUUGUCUUUUGAUCGAAGAAAAUGUUUUGAAAAUAAUUACAGUUGGCAGUAGACUACUAAUUGCGAAAAUACGAUAAGUUAUUUAUCUUGUUGAUCGAACGCCAUGACUUUUA